AUGGGCAGGGCGAGUCCACCGCCGACGUUCCCUGUUACCCGAGAUUAUGCCCCGGUGGCUACCUCCAGCUCUCCCACAAAUGAACACGAGAAAAAGCCCUCGACGUCGACGCGGGCGUCCACCGAUUCGGAUACCACUGCUACUCACACGUCCGAUGAGUUCAAUUGGUCUGACAACGACUCUUCCGGCCCCAAGAACGGCGACGGUGUCAAGGCCAAGCGUGGCCGUCUUAUCUAUCUUGCUUUCAUCAAGCUAUCUCGCUGGGUCCGAGUACUCAUUAUCGGGAUAUUAGGGUGUGCAAUACUUAUCACACCGUUGCUCGUCGUCCAGCUGCGCUUCAAGGAACUCACGAGCAGCGUGCGUACGCAGGUCCAUGUAUGGAGUCUGUGGUUAACCGUAAUAUGGGCGGCCGCAUGCGUGACGUAUCUGGUUGUCGAUGCUAUUCCUCGGCUCAUCGUAGGCCUGAUAGUCGUAUUUGGAGGACAGCUGGAACGGCUAAAAAUGCAAAUUGAGCUUGCGCUUGCUGUUCAGGGUUGGGUUAAAUUAACCUUCGAUAUUUCCUGGGCCUGGAUUGCGCUUUCCGUUAUACGCACCGUAUACAAGCCAGCUGGAAACUACUGGGUCAUUAUUAAUCGAAUCAUGCAGGCGUUGUUCGCUGCCGGAAUCAUCAUCUUAGCUGAGAAGGUCUUCCUUCAGUUCGUUGCCAUCAAUUUCCAUCAAAAGGCCCUGGCAGAUCGCCUGACCGAGAACAAGCUGGGUCUCCGCGCGCUGGAUAGGCUUUCCAAUGCGCAGCCAGUGUUUGGUAUCGGGAACAAGCGUCCAAAGAGGCGAGGGCACAAGAGUCCUGGGGCGAGUAUGGAUUUGAACAGUGCUGCGCAGCAUGGACGCAAUCAAAGCCAAAGUCAGCUAGGACAUGGUAACGAGAUGGAUGCUAACAAGGAGAAGCCUGCCACUGCCUCUCGGAGCGCCCAGCGACGUCGCAAGCGCAAAAACUUCAUGUCUGGCGUCAUCGUGGAUCAGGUCGGCGGCGCCAUUGACCAAGUUGGUGAUGCCAUCGGUCAAGUCGCGCUCAAAAAUUCCAAAUUUAACCGUGAAGGUGAUCUGGGAGGACUCUAUUCGGCGCGAAAGCUCGCACGAAAGCUGUUCCGCAGCCUUAAUGAUGUCGAUCCUGACCGGGAUCACCUGAUUGUCGAAGACUUUUAUCCGUAUUUCCGGAGUACGCAAGAGGCUACCACUGCCUUUGCACUCUUUGACAAGGACGGCAACGGUGACAUUAGUAAACGGGAGAUGCGCGAAGCAGUACAACGCAUCUAUCGUGAGCGCAAAUCGCUCAUCGCCUCCCUCAAGGAUGCUGGUUCAGCUGUAGCCAAGCUGGACGCAGUCCUACUAUGUUGCUCCCUUGUCGGUAUCAUAUUUUGCUGUCUCCUCAUAUUUAACAAAUCCAACACGCUCGAGUCACUUGUUCCACUGGCGACCAUCAUUCUUGGAUUCUCUUUCAUUUUUGGCAACGCAGCCGCGACACUGUUUAAUUCCCUCAUCUUCAUCUUUUCUACGCAUGUCUUCGACGUUGGUGAUCUCGUUAUGAUAGAUGAUCAGGCGCUCAUGGUUCGUGAAUUUGGACUCUUCAGUACCACCUUCCGUCGGGUUGAUGGGCAAGAGAUUAUCGCACCUAACUCCCUUCUUUCCUCCGCCAAACUGAUCCACAAUCUCCGGCGAUCCAGUAGUAUGUGGGAAACUACGAACAUCCAGUUAGCGUACAACACACCUUUGCCGGUGAUCGAAGAAAUUCGCACAUGUAUAAAGGCAUUCGUGACCGAGAACAAUCGUGAAUGGAGCGGCAUGGAUCUCAACAUUGACAAGAUGGAGUACCAGAAUGCUAUUCACCUGAUUGUGGCAAUGGAGCACCGGCCAAACUGGCAGGAUUGGGGUGCGCGAUGGGUGCGAAGGACAAAGUUCAUGCGGAAUUUGAAAACGAUUUUGGAGGACUUGGAUGUGAGGUGGACAAUGCCUGUGCAGCCCGUGUUGUUGCCUCGGGAUGGGCAGCAGCAUCUGCAUCCUUUACAACACCAGAGCCUGUAUAUGGCAAGCAGGGAGACACUCGGUAAUGCUGGCAGCUUCCGUGGGAGCCAGCAUCUGAGUGCGCCUAGUCCAGGAUUUAGGGGGACGAAUGCAGAAGGGGGGUUUUGA